UUUCUCUCUUCUCUUCAACCUUCAAGUUAGUUCAAUUUCUUCCUUACUUGCAUUCAUUCACUAACUCAAACAAUUCCCACUUACCAAACACAAAUCCCAAGAAAGGCUUGGAUAUGCAUAAGCAAACUGAGGAUGACUAUACUUACCUGUCUAACACACUUCAAGAGUUCAACAGUAUUCCCAACAUUGACAAGGCAUGGAUUUUUAAGUCACCUGGCUUGCAGAUGCAGUUGCAGGGAAUGUUUGCUGUUUCCCAACCGGAUCUUUUAACAAACAAGAAGAGGAUAUCUGUCUUAUCCUGUAACAUUUUAAAAGAAAGUGAGAGUUCUGUGAGGUUUCUGUGGGCACCGUUUCCAAUUGAGAUGUUUGGUGUGUCUAUGAUUGUUCCAUCACCUUCUGGCUCAAAACUCUUAGUGAUUCGGGAUCCUCCAGAGAAUGGAGCUCCUUCUCACUUUGAGAUUUGGAGUUCAUCUCGAAUGGAGAAGGAGUUCCAUAUCCCCCAAUCACUGCAUGGUUCAGUGUAUAAUGAUGGAUGGUUUGAGGGUGUCUCUUGGAACUUGGUUGAAACAUGUAUAGCAUAUGUAGCAGAAGAGCCCUCCCCUGCAAAGCCCACAUUUAAUGAUUUUGGGGAACACAAGAAAGGUGGUUGUGCAGAUAAGGACUUUGGUUGCUGGAAAGGUCAAGGGGAUUGGGAAGAUGACUGGGGAGAAACAUAUUCUGGAAAGAGACGGCCUGCACUUUUUGUUAUCAACAUCAACAGUGGAGACAUACAAGCUGUCAAAGGAAUUGACAAGUCUUUGAGUGUCGGUCAAGUUGUGUGGGCUCCAUAUACCGAAGGCUUGGAACAUUACCUUGUCUUUGUUGGGUGGUCAUCCAAGCCAAGAAGGCUUGGUAUUAAGUACUGCUCUAACAGGCCUUGUGCUUUAUAUGCUGUUAGAGCACCACAUCAUGAGUCAAAAUCUAAUGAACCAGAGCUCCAGUCAACUGAAGAUUUAUAUGCACAGAACCUUACUCAAAGUGUAAGCAGUGCCUACUUUCCACGGUUCAGUCCAGAUGGAAAGUUCCUUGUAUUUUUAUCUGCAAGAAGUGCUGUGGAUUCUGGAGUGCACAAUGCUACAAAUUCACUUCAUAGAAUUGAUUGGCCAACUGAUGGAAAACUAUACCAAUCUUCCAAAAUUUAUGACAUAAUUCCUGUUGUGAUGUGUGCUGAGGAUGGUUGCUUCCCUGGGCUUUAUUGUACAACUAUCCAUAAUAAUCCUUGGCUAUCUGACAACAACACAAUGAUCAUAUCAUCUAUCUGGCACAGCAGUGAAGUUCUGCUCUCUGUGAAUGUGUUGAGUGGGGAAGUGUUACAUAUCAACCCAGAAGACUCAAAUUUCUCAUGGAAUCUUCUUAUGCUGGAUGGAAACAAUAUUGUUGCCAUUUCCAGCAGUCCAGUUGAUGUUCCUCAAAUCAAGUAUGGAAUUUCAAUUGAAAAGGCAAGAAGAAAUACUACAUGGAAUUGGUCAAAUAUAUCCAGUCCCAUAUUCAGAUGCUCCAACAAGGUUAGAUCUAUGCUGUCCUCCCUUCAGUGCAGUAUACUGAAGAUCCCAGUCAAGGAUGCUUGUGAUGGUCAAACAAAAGGUGCUAUUAAAUCUUUUGAAGCUAUAUUUGUGUCAUCUAAAAUCAAGAACAAGGAUGUAUUUGAUCCAUUAAUUGUGGUCCUUCAUGGAGGUCCACAUGAUGUCUCUUUGUCAUACUUUUCAAAGUCUGUGGCUUUUCUAUCUUCUCUUGGAUACAGCUUGCUGAUUGUAAAUUACAGAGGUUCGUUAGGAUUUGGUGAGGAAGCAUUACAAUCUCUUCCAGGGAAAGUUGGGUCUCAGGAUGUCAAUGACGUUCUUUCUGCCAUAGAUCAUGUCAUCAACUUGGGUCUUGCUGGUCCAUCUAAAAUUACAGUGAUGGGCAUUUCACAUGGUGGUUUUCUAACAACCCACUUGAUUGGCCAGGAACCAGACAAAUUUAUAGCAGCAGCUGCAAUCAAUCCUGUUUGUAACCUUGCGCUGAUGAUCGGUACUACUGAUAUCCCUGAUUGGUGCUAUGUAGAAGCUUUUGGAGCCAUUGCCAGAAAUUGGUUUUCUCAACCACUUUCAGCGGAAGAUUUGGCUCUCUUUUAUAGCAAAUCUCCUAUUUCACACAUCUUAAAGGUAAAAACACCAACACUUUUCCUACUAGGUGCUGAAGAUCUUCGCGUUCCAAUUUUCGAUGGAUUGCAAUAUUCUCGGGCUUUAAAGGAGAAAGGAGUAGAGGUCAAAAUCAUUAUGUUUCCAAAUGAUGUUCAUGCACUCAAAAGGCCACAAUCUGACUUGGAAUGCUUCCUUAACAUUGGGAUAUGGUUCAACAAGUUCUGCAAAUAAGGGGUAAGUGGGUCACAAGACUUCCUAAAGACCUAAACUCUUGAGUAAUGGAUAGAACCAUUCAGGAUUAACAGCCAC